AGGAUCAGGGUCCCGGUACCAAUUGCCAGGAACCAUCGAACCACUUUCCACCUGGAUAGCAUGAAGAUUUGAAUACCUCCUUCCUGCAAGUUGGACAGCCGAUGUUCUUACCACAACAACCCUCAACUUACUCUUUUGUUGUACCAGUCUACCCACAUCUCCAACACGAUGCCCAUGCCAGGCUUCCUCCGACUCCCCACGGAGCUCGUGGAAAUGAUAUGUUGUGCCGAGGACUACGAUUAUAUCUCCAUUUGCACCUGGUACACGCGCAGAGACACACGGUUGCUUCUCCUUCGAGACCUACGCUUGACUUGCCAUCACUUACACACAGUCACAAGAAGAAUCUUUGUGAGCACCUACAAGAAUCAGUUUCCGCUUGCACGAUUCUCGCUGGAACCUCGCAGUCUAGCUGUUCUGCUGCAUAUCGCCAAGGACCCCUGGCUACUCUCGAAGAUCAGGCAGAUCAGUUUUCACAAAGCACGGAUUUUCUCCUACCAGAACAGAAUAGAGUAUGAGAAAUCACCAGAACUUGUGUACAUCCUGACCAGGAUAUUUCACGUUCUCCGUCAUGCAAAAUCUCCUAUACACGCGGAAAGAUGGGCCGGAGGCGAAGCAUUUAUGACGGCAGUGCUGGACACCGGCUACAAAGAGAACCUCACGAUGGUGGUUACCGCACCGGGGGCGGACAAACGCGAUUUGAUGGAGAGACAAUGGCUGGAUCUCGGCCACCUCGGAGUCCAGUCGUUUUGCCUUGACCACCAAACGAUAUGGGGAGCCGGCAACCCUUAUGUCCACGACCCUUCUUGUGGCACCUGGCUUCCUGGCCUUCGGAACAUCGUGAAUGCAAUUUCUCCGACGCUUAGGGCCCUCACCGUUCGAUACUCCGUUCCCGGACGUAGCUCUGACGGCUUUGCGAGGAGUUGGGCGGCCGCUGGAGCUAACGAUAUUGGGUAUUAUUCGCCCAACGUGUGUCACACUUGUCCGCUGGAUACAGUGUUUGUAACAUACUUCUGCAGCCAUGUGUUCCCGAAUCUGAAGGUCUUUACGCUGAAGAACGCCACUGUGGGCGAGACAUCCUUAAUUGUCUUCCUUCAGAACCACUCAUCCAGUCUCACUGGAUUCACGGCGAGUGGAGCGACACUUUACAGGGGGUCAUGGAGAAACGUUCUGAACGUACUGAUGGGCGUCAGAAGCCUCCAGUACUUAGUCAUCAACCGUCUGCAGCAACAUGCUUUCCGAGGGAUUACGCUUCGACACGUGGGCUACUACUUUGAUUUCCGUACGUAUCGUACGCUUUAUCCCAAGAAGCCCAACCCUGUGACCCUGUCCGAAGCUCGACAAGUCCACGCCUACUUAGUCGAAGCCUGCAGAGAUCAGUGUAAGUGGCUUAGAGAUCAGGGCUAUUGUAUGUCUGAGCUGGGCUGUUAUUACUCGACAGAUCGGCUAGAGUGCGGCCUCCAUCCGCUUGAAAGCCUUCGAAAGCGUCCGAAGCAAGUGAUUGCCGAAGAAGAAGAGGGUGGGGAGAGACAGGAUACUAUGGUACCAGAAAUUUGCGUGGCGAAAGGGACUGCGAUGGCUGUUCAUGCGAACCGAUCGAGCGAAUAAUUUGUCACAUAGAUCUGUGUUCGGAUCACUUUAUGUGCCUAUUCGGCACAUGGUCAAUAUAAUUAA